AGAAGGCCUUCUCAGUCGCGCUGCUAAUUUGCUAGGCUAACGGGACACCUCUUCUUCACUACCAAGGUAUUCACAAUGUUUGGUUCCUCGAGAUCUGGAGGGGUCCGAGGAGGCCAAGACCAGUUCAACUGGGACGAUGUGAAAGUGGAUAAACACAGAGAAAAUUAUCUCGGGAACUCUUUGAUGGCUCCAGUAGGACGAUGGCAAAAAGGCAAAGAUCUGUCAUGGUACGCAAAAGACAAAAAAAGCGGUGCAGCUUUGUCCAAAGAGGAUGAACUUGCUGCUGUCAAGGCUGCAGAGCACGAGGCGCUGAUGGCUGCCCUAGGGCACAAGAAUAUAAAGAGGCAGCCAACUGGCCUCACCAAAGAGGACCUUGCAGAUGUUUGCAGGAGGGAAGAAGCCGAUGGUGAAGAGAGAGAUGUGGACCGGGUCUCUGGCUUAGGGAGCUCUGGUGCAGGGUCAAGGAAAAUGGCUCUCUCCCAGAAGGAAAAGGAGGCAGCUAAAAUGGGCUUGUCUGUUUUUACGCACCAAAAGACAGAAGGUCGUGCAGAAACUUCAACAGCGAAGAAAUCUCAGAGUGUCGAAAAAGAGGAUACGGAACAGCGGCAUGAGAGCAAAAAGAAAAAGAAAGAAAAAAAGAGCAAAAAGGAGAAAAAGAAGAAAGAAAAAAAGAAGAAGAGGCAAAGAAGAGACUCGUCCUCCUCGAGGUCAGACGAUGACAGAAAGAGACAGAGAAAGGACCACCAUCAUCAUAAUCCAUCAUACCAUAGUCAGAGUGGAGCCAGACCCCAUGACAGCUAUUCAAGGGGGGGGGCAAAGGCCGAGCGACAGCCUUCCUACCCCCAUCAUCGACAGCAGCGGCACGACACAGACUCUUCUGAUGGGGGGUCUCCUGUCCUCCGUAACCCUGUCAGCCACAAGACGGCCCCUGCUGGUGCCACACAAAGCCACAGGCGGCGCCACGACACAGACUCGGACGACUAAUGUCCUACCCGCUCCACCCUCCAAUUCAAAGACACAGAACGCUCUGCAGCAGCUUGACUGGCCCUUAAGACCUCAUUUACCAACAUGGCAACGCCAACUGUGGAUGGAGACAGGUUGAUUUGUCUGACUCACAAGCUUUGGCCUCGUGUUUUAACUUCAUCACCCAAUAAGUUGGUCAGUUGGUCAUGGAACACUGGUGUGUUAGUUAGUUGUUUUUUAUUUUAUUUUGUGACUAAACCACCAAAAAUCACAUUUUCUAUAUUGUUAAAGAUUUGAUUUUUUUUGGUUUUUUUCCCUGAAAAAUAAAAUGCAAGAUAAAUGUUCUGCCAAGCAAACACAAUGAUCUUUUGUUCCUAUGUUUGGCUCUGGUAGCUGUUGCUGUUUGGGAAAUCUUAAGAGAAUAAACUAAAAAGCAGAAAAAAAA